UUAUCUAUUAUCUGACAUUAGUUUUGUUGUCUGAGAUAGGUUGACGUCUCCAUCUACUGCGACAUGUACGUCUACGGCUUGCUACUUCUUGGGUUGGUGGCGUUAACCCAAGGAUCCUGUAUGUUCGGGAAACCUAUCACAGAGAUCUCAAAAUAUGGAACAAUCACUCAGUACUGCAUGUACAAAGGAUUAAAGAUGCAGGUCGGAUCUCACAUUAAGACAGCUGACUGUAUCGAGUGUACCUGUGAUGCCAAUGGUCUCAGCUGUUGUGGAUUCGGCAUCAAGGCGGGCGUUAUCCAAGCCCCCCAGUGGAUGUAAGGCUGUCGGUGACGGCUGCAAGGUGCUGCUUGUAAAACUUGAUGACGAAACUAAAGAUUGCCUCUCCGGAGUUUCUCUUGUGAAACAGUAGACGAUCAAACGA